AUGCGCGGAGGAGGGGGGCCGCACCUAGUGAAGACAGCCUGCCUCAACGAGCACGUGGUAGCGAUCCGGCCGCCCACGGGAUUCGCCCCUUGCGACGCCCAGUGCACGGGAGGGCCAUGUCGCGGCCGCUCUUGCUCUUGCUCUUCGUCUUGGUGGUGGUUGCGGCAUCGUCUGACAGUGACCGUGGUCCCUGGUCGUGGCGAAGGCGUUGCAAGGCGCUGCUACUUCUCGGACAGCCAAGACAGCACCGACGGAGGCACGAACCCUUGGCCGUCCACCGACUGCGCAAGGCUUUCCAGCGAGCACGAAUCCAGCAGCGCCGACGCAAGCCAUCCACCGGUGCUGCCGACGAAGGAGCCAACUCAGUGGCUGACCUUUGCCAGGCACUUCUGCGCAGACCGUGGAAUAAAUCCCGCCGCAGAAGACUUCUCGGCCGCCGGCGCCGCUUGGAUGUCUCUGAGGAGCAUCAAGCCAACUCCGGCAUCGCUCCAGAAUUGCACGGGGCUGGCUCAGUGGCCUCCGGCGGUACGUUUCUGA